CUUGUUGUGUGUUGUGUGUUGAAUGAGAGAAGAGAGAGAAAUAGGUUGUCUUAAUCAUCAUCAUCAUCCUAAAUUAUCAUCAUCUUAAUUAUCAUAAAAAAAUCAGAAACAAAAACCUCUACCUAGUAUACUACUAUGAGAGAAUCAUAAGACUUUGGUUUUGUUUGUUUUACUUAAACACGACAACAACAAACCAACUCCUCUUGUUUCAAUUCAUCAUUCUUUUUCGAUUCUCAUCUUUUCAGAUUCCAUUGCCGUUUUUAAGGAUAGACAAAGGUGAUUCACUUGAAGCCUCAAGAGCUAUGCAUUCUUCAUCUUCAUCUGUUUUUCCCACUCAUAUGGAAAGCACGUAUAUGAAACCCUCGGAUUCGUUUCAUCGUUCACCUGUCGGGGGUUUGACUGCAAAUCAUGCCUUGCUGCAAGCUACACCAUCAAAUCCGAUCAGAAGUGAUAGACAGGUGUUUUCGGCUUCGCCCACUGCUGAAUGUCCUGGCGGCAUCGCCUUUUCUUCCGACUCACAGCAUGAUAGGCAAUAUCAAGAUUCUCCGUUCACUUCUCAGACGUUAGGUGACGACGUGUCUUCGGAAAUCCACUCAACGACAUUCACUUCUCAUCCGCAAGAAAAUGAUGAAAUUUCAUGGGGGCCGGAUCCGAUGCAGGAUAUUAUUUGUUUUCCUGAAAUUUUUUCUAGCCAGCAUGAUCAGGUGGAAAACAGUGCCUCUUACAUGAACGACGGCAAUGUCAAAAAAUCUGAUUUCGGGGAGUGGGUUGACCAGCUAAUGACGAUUGAUGAUACUCCUCAUCCAAAUUGGAGUCAGCUUCUUGGUGAUGACAAUGUUGCCGAACCAACACCAAAGGCAACACAGGUUUCUCUGAAGCACCAUACACCGUCUCGAGAAGUUAAUGAUCUUUGUAAUUCAGCUUCAGCAUCGACUGCACCUCAAACUAAGCCUAGAAUGCGAUGGAGUCCAGAACUUCACGAGGCCUUCGUGGAAGCAGUUAACCAGCUUGGUGGUAGUGAGAAGGCCACUCCAAAAGGUGUCUUGAAUCUGAUGAAUGUUGACGGCCUUACCAUCUACCAUGUGAAAAGCCACCUGCAGAAGUAUAGAACUGCCCGAUACAAACCUGAGUCACCAGAAGAAACUUCUGAGAAAAAGAUGAGUUCAAUUGAAGAAAUGAAAUCUCUAGACUUGAAAACGAGUAAGGGGAUCACCGAAGCAUUACGGUUGCAGAUGGACCUCCAGAAACGGCUUCACGAACAACUUGAGAUUCAAAGGAAGUUGCAGAUUCAAAUUGAAAACCAAGGGAAACAUCUUCAAAUGAUGUUUGAGAAACAGAAACAGAUAGGUGGCAGCAAGGGCUCGCCCCCUUCUAACGCGCCUUCUGCUGCACUCUUGGACACGGCGGUACCCUCUUCUGCAGACAAAUUAAAAACGUCAAAUGAUGAAUGCGGAUUAAAAUGCAACACCGAAGAAAGUUCCCAGGAUGCAACACGUGAAGCUGAAGUUACCGAAGAACAUGAGAGGACAGAUGAUCAGCUAUCUGCAGUACCUCCGAUGAAACGGGCGAAGAUUCAAUGAUAGUUUCUAGAGAAUUAUGCUUGAAUUUCCGCAUCUGCUUAUCAUAAUGAUAUGAUAUGCUCAACUUUAACAGUAGCCAACAAUGACUAAGUUAAUUUUUUGGGAUGAAAUUAUUUUCACUCCCUAGAUUUGUUUUUUUUUUUUUUUUUUUAUGUUAUUGAACAUAUUCAGACUCCAUGGAACUUGUAGAUAUAUUAUUGGAUCCGAGAAUGUUUUAGCUAA